AUGUCCCAAAUACCUCUUGUUAGCGCUAACCUGGCAACUGUAACACUGGAAAGUGUCUUUUACGGGAUGUUCCUCGUCCUUUCAUCGGCGUCCAUAUUUUUUCACAUAUCCCGUGCUGCGUCUUCUCCACGAACUCGACCACGUCGGUUCGCUGCUCUGUGGGGGCCGAUAUUUCUAGGCUCAAUUCUCACUACGAUCACGGUGACUGGCCAUUGGAUCACAACGGUUGUACGGCUAUUCGAUGCAUUUGUCAACUACAAUGGCGGCAAUUCACCACUUGAGUACUAUUCCGCCGUUUGGUUGUCAAGUGAAGCUGCCCAGACAUCUUUCCUCAUCGCCACACUGGUAUCGUGCGAUUCUAUGCUGAUCUACCGGCUAUGGAUUGUCUGGAAUCACAACUACUGGGUGGUUAUCUUACCGAUGUGCGCUGAAUUGGUACUCUGCGUUGCAGGGAUUGUAGCUAUCUACCUGCAGACACAGGUACGAGGUAGCAUCUUCGCCACUGCCUUGACCCAUUGGGUCACCGCAUGCUAUGCGUGUACUUUCGUGACCAAUGUCUACAGCUCGUGUGGGAUUGCCUAUCGUGUCUGGGCGGCACGCCAACGGAUGAAUCCCUUCAGUGGUCUAAACCUAAUGGACGUGCUUGUUACCAUGGUGGAGAGUGCCGCCAUUUACACGUCGUAUACCAUCUUUUUCCUCGGCACAUAUGAGGCCAAAAGCAACCUGCAAUUCUUCACCAUCGAUACGCUCUGUCCUAUGGCCGGCAUAGCGUUCAUGCUCAUCAAUGUCCGCGUGGGCUUAGGCUGGGCACAACGAGCCAAUACCGACUCAAUGCCUGCUGCCAACGAUUAUUUCGGCCGCGGUGGUACUACGCACACAGAAAUGUCCUUUGCUAUGCGUCCAGUAACAGUGGAAGUUCCGCCUGCGGUUCAUCCCUCCUCCCUGGAUGACGUAGAGCGAUCCCAAGAUAAGACGGACUAUGGCCUGGGUGCUGGGUUGUAG